UGAGAUCGUCACUCGGGGGCACAGGAUAAAAGGUGAAUGCUGAACACUGAGACUACAUGGAGAGAUGUUGCAUCGAACAACAAGGGCACCUCUUCUCUAUCAUAAAGAUUAACUAGGUGGGAUCCGCAACAGUCAGGAGAGACCUCACUUCCUGCCUCAGACAACAUGUGAAACAGUUCACCAUCGUCCUCAUGUGACUUUUAAAUAGGUUACAGCUGUAAUUUUGGUUUUACCUCCAUCCCAGAGACUCUGGGUGGGGAUGUUGGCGGUACUGGUGGUGGUUGAGCUCCCUGGAGCCCUGCAGAGGUGCAUCUUUGAUGAGGUUCAAGCUCAGGUUGAUGAGGUUAGACCUGCGCCCAUGCAUCCAGACAGCCCACCCAACAAGCCCAGACUCAGACCUCCGACAGGGCAAUACACCAGUCAUCGAGGGCGGAGGAUGUCACCUCUGCGUGGCCUCUACACAUCGCCCACUCCUGCUUCUCCACAGCCAAUCAGGAUCCACACCUGGAUUCCAAGAGAGAGCAGCAACCUAUCAGACGCUGAGAAAGACAGAAUGAUGUCAGCAUUGGAAGAGGCUGUGAGGAUGGUGUCUUCUUUAUUAUCAGUGAACAGAGCACCGGGUCCUUUGCUGCUCAGCAGAGACAUCAACAAAUACUGCAAGUUUCUCUGGAGCAAUUCAAGAACUACCAACUACAACAGGUGUGGUCGAGCCAACAGCAACUACAGGAAUGAGACCUGCCUGGAUGUGACAAUCCCAGAUGAUCACCUGGCUGGAUGUGAUAUUUACCCGGAGCCUGAUUCGCCUCGCAGGACUGUUCUCAGACCUGAAGGUGCUGGACUCCCUGACACCGACUUCCUGCUGUACCUCCACAUACAGUCCACUGACAAGUGUAGAGCAGAGCCUAAUGUGUUGGCCUACGCUGUCCGCUGCCAGGCAGACACCCAUGGGCGACCUGUGGCUGGGGUGGUGGUCAUCUGCAGGGACAAAUUAACAGCAGCCACAUACAACCACCACGCUACAGUACAGACUGUGAUCCACGAGCUGUUCCACACACUCGGGUUCUCUAAAGAUCUCUUCCACACCUGGAAAGACUGUUCCUCCUCUCCUCAAGUGGGUGCUGGAUGUUCACCUCGGGGGAAAGUGAUUCACUCUGACGGAUCGGGCCAGAUGAGGAUCUACACCCCAUCUGUCAUCUCAGCCCUGCAGAAGCACCUGGCAUCAACUGACCCUGAGCUGGGAGGACCGCUGGAGAACCUGGUACUGAGAGUUCAACAAAGUCUCCCAACACUUACAACAACAGCUUUCCUCACCUGUGUCAAACUUCCAGCUACCUACCUGCCGUGCCUUCCUCCCUCAGGAUGCACCUUCAGGCAGAGUGUCCUCUCACUGGGAGUCCCGGGUCCUGAGGGGGUCCAUCAUGGCAGCGGUGCUGGAGGACUGGACCACAGUCCGGAUCGACCCGGUCACUUUAGCUGCAUUACAGGACACGGGCUGGUACACGGUCAACCUGAGCCAGGCACAGAGUCUGGUCUGGGGCGACAGUGAAGGAGCCACGUUUGGUUCCCUGUCAACCUGCCAAGACAACUCCUCCUCCUUUUUCUGCACCGGCAGGUACGUUUAAAGCUGUAUGUUUGUUUUCCUCUGGAUUACAGGUCACUUUCUC